AUGGACGGCGAAAAAAGUACUGUUAUUGUUAAGAAAAUUAAGAAAAAUACAAAGCAGAUACUUCAGGAUCCAAGAAAUGCCAACUUGCUUUUGGAUUUAUUAAAUUAUAGCCAGAGCAAGAAUGCUGAUGUUGUUUGUGCAAGCUGUCGGUCACUGGUGGCAGUCUUUAGUCAUUUCAUCUCUGCCGACUGCUUCAUUAAUAUUGGACAACACACAGUUGCUGAAGCUGACUUGAGUAAAGAAGAUCAGUUUUCCUCCUGGAUGAGAGAGCAGUUUAUCACAGCCUGUGAUGUGAUGUCUGACCAUUUGUGCCGUGAAUCUGCUCAGAUUCAGACAACUGCAUUUACAUCUCUUGUUGCGCUGCUGCAAGUACUGGAUAAGAAGUGUCCACAGGACCUUAGUGACAAGUUGAUCGAGAGCAUCAUGUCAUGUCUUUUAAACGAUGAAUAUGACCAGAUGGGGCUUAUCAAGCUUCUGCCUUCAAUGCUGACUGCAUGGUCAGACAAAUUACGCAUGUGUUCUGUGUGCUUGUCACAUCUGAGGAAAAAACUCAAGAAUAUAAAUCAGGCUGCUGCAGACACUGGGUUGUUGAACUGUUGGCGAACAAUCAGGCAGCUUGCUAGUCAUGAUCUAGAUGAGAAAUUAAAGGGACAACUUACAGGAGUGGUUUGUGAAUUUCUGAAGCAUAAGAUGCCUGCAAGAUUGUACCGAGAGAUUCUCACUGGCAUCUCCUCUGUAAUGGACAAAAUGUCAAAUCCUCUGCGACUUGCUGACUUCCUCUCUGAGUCUUUUAACAUUGGUGGUGCUGUUAGUUUGAUGAGCUUGCAUGGGCUGUUCCUGCUUAUGCACAAAUAUAAUCUGGACUAUCCAGAUUUUUAUGCCAAACUCUACUCAAUGUUUGAGCCUCAGGUGUUUGGCGCGAAAUAUAGAGCCAGGUUUUUCUACCUGGCGGAUACUUUUCUGACGUCUACCCACCUCCCUGCAUACGUAGUGGCAGCAUUUGCCAAGCGGUUGUCCAGGCUUUGUCUGCAUGCGCCAGCAUCUGGGAGUCACAUCGCCAUCCCGUUUAUUUCAAACCUAAUCAGCCGGCAUCCUACUUGUGAAGUCUUGCUGCAUCGGACACAGGGACCAACAGAACUAGACACAGAUCCAUUCCUGGCAGAUGAAACAGAUCUGUCACAAUGCAGAGCCCUUGACAGCUGUUUGUGGGAACUCCAGACGCUAGAGCACCAUUACGAUCCAAGCCUGUCAGUUAAGGCCCAGAAAAGACGUAUUGCCGAGAAUGAUUUGUCUCCUCUUCUGGAAAACACUUCAAGUGAUAUCAUAGCUUCAGAGGCCAAAAAAAUCAAGAAGGAGAUUCCAGUCACGUUCCAAAGGCCCCGCAGAGUCGAUUUUUAUUUAUAG